AUGAGUGGACGCCUCAACUUGACUCAGGCUCAACUGACGGCCCUAAUCAAUGAACGGGUUGCUGAGGCUUUAGCAGCAACCCAACCAGGAGGUCAACCUUCUCAGCCUCAAGCAUGUACGUUCAAGACUUUCAUGGAUUUUCGACCUAGUACUUUCAAUGGCACAGAAGGAGUUGUAGGUCUUCUCCGCUGGUUUGAGAAGAUUGAAUCUGUUUUUGAGAUGUGUGAAUGCCCUGUAGCCAAUAGGGUGAAGUUUUCGACUGGAACACUCAAAGGUAGUGCACUCUCCUGGUGGAAAACACAGGUGCAAAUGCUAGGGUUGGCAGCUGCUAACGUCACCCCAUGGAAUGACUUUAAAGAUCUGAUCAAAGAAGAGUAUUGUCAUCGGGAUGACAUCCAUAAGUUGGAGGUGGAGUUUUACAACCUCAAGAUGGUAGGGUCAGAGAUUGAAGCCUAA